CCUUGAUUGGUUGAUCAUCAUGGCGGCCAUCGUCAGGUUGAGUACUGUGUGUCGCAGUGGAGUCAAACCUCUGUUCUACCAAACCACUUUGUUGGCCCGGCCAAUGGUUGUACCACACAAAUACCAGGAGCAGCAGCCCUACCAGCUCACAGCAAGGAUUCAUGCUUCACAGGCUCUUAACGCCAGCUCCGGCUCCAAAGCCGCCUCCCUGCACUGGACAGCGGAGCGAGCUCUGAGCAUCGUGCUGCUGGCCAUCGGACCCGUGGCCUAUUUCAGCCCCAGUCCCAUCGUCGACUACUCCCUGGCUGCUGCCCUGACCCUCCACGGACACUGGGGGCUCGGGCAGGUGCUAACGGACUACGUUCACGGCGACACAAAAGUCAAGAUGGCCAACGCCGGCCUCUUCCUCCUGUCCACCGUCACCUUCGCUGGCCUUUGCUACUUCAACUACAACGACGUGGGCAUCUGCAAAGCCAUCGCACUGCUCUGGAGCAAAUAAACCGAACUGGUGGGCUGGGAGGGAUUGAGACACCGGGAUGGGAACUAUCUCGUUUCCUGGCUGAUUGUAAAAAAAAAAAAAAAUCAAGUUGUUCUAUGUAAAUUCUUAUAAAUAUAUCAUUUUACAAUAUAACACAAAAGUGUCACUGUGGCAGGCUUGGUCUCCAUAUUGAGUUUUUGCUCAAAAACACCCGUUUUCUCUUCCAAUAUGUUGGAGAUUAGCUUCUUUCAGGUGAUUUACGUCCGGUUAAAAAUAAGAUAUCCUGUUUCCUGGCAUGUAAUUGUUAUAUUUACCACCAAAACAUAGAUGACUCCUGGAGAACACUACUGUUUGACAUGUAAUUUAUUUCAGUCGUGUUAAGGUCCCCUUUUUUUGUAGCUGAUUUCUUCAAUCGAGCUUCUUUCAAUCACACUGUGUACAUACUAUGUGUUUAUUUUUUGCCCGUAAACCCAUCUGGAAUACCAGGGCAGUGCUUACAGAUUCAAUAAGUCUUUGUGUGUUCACGUCUCACUCCACAUUAACCCCUCACACGUCGUAAAUGAAGCCAUUUAGGGUCACAUUACCGCCUCCGAAACAUAUUACAGAGUUGUACUUAAUGUAUGAAUUACAGGCUCCUCCCAGUUUGUGAGUUAGCAGACGGCAAAUAAAAAAAGACACAUUUUGAAAGUAUUCAAAAAUGUGCAUUUAUUUUGGAAAUAUAAAUUAAUUCCUGGCAUUUUUUCUUGAAAAGUAAACGGUUUUUGUUGAUCAAUCUGAGGCUGUAUGAUCAGAUUCAAUAAUGCGAGCUUAUAAUGUACUCGUGGGACAUUUACUCACAGCAAAUAAUACACACUUUGCAUGCAGCUUUUAUUUUUGUACAGCUGGGAUGGGCGUUGGCAGGUUUGUUGUAAAUUGCUGUAAGAAAAUCUGCAGUAAAUGUUCAUGACAGCUUAACAAAAGUGUUGUGUUUUGUCUGUUUCCAUCUUCAAUAAUUGUGACUUUUGUCAUUUCUGUUCCAUUACCGUCUUUUCAGAUUAUUAUACGCACAAAAAAUGAGAUGUGGCAAGAAAAAUUGCACUGUUCCUGCCUCGGCGCAAUAAAGUUGGCUUU